AGAUAAUGUCGCAUAUUUAUAUGAUUAUAAAUUAAUAAAUUUAUUUAUUAUUUAUAUAUUAGUCUUAUAGUGCGCUAGUUUUUUUUUAAAUCAUGAUUCGAUCGAUUUUAUUGUGUUUCGCUGUAUUAUUGGUCGAACGAGCUGACGCGAUGAUACCGGCGUACUCCGUGUCAGCAUUGCGUCUCGCAUUCGACGAGAUCGCGACGGUUUUACCAGUCGCGAACCAGCUCGCCUGCCUCCUGAUACCGUUCCUCAUCAACUUGAUCAACAACCUGAACAACCUCUCGAAUAUAGUGCAGAAUCUGACGCCGGCAAUACUGCCGUAUUUUGGUUGCACUCUGCCGCUGCUUUACGCAACGCUGACGGAUCUGGCGAGCGUCCUCUUCCUGUACAUCAGUGUGUUGAUUUCGCUGUUUCGUUCCAACGUCCUCGCGGCUCCGGGUCUGCUGUUGGGGCUAGUGGUGCAGGUGUUAAACCUGGUGCUGACGCUCUUAAGCGGGCUGACAGACGGAAGCGGCUUGCUCAGUGGCCUGAUAAAGCUAAUAACGUGUGUCGUCGUUGAAUUGGAGAAGCUGUUAUUGUGAUUUCAAAGGACCAUAGAUUGUAAUGCGUUAUUAAUAUAUAUAUACUUAAUAUUAUAAAGAGGAAAGAUUUUUUUUGUUUGUUUGUCUUGAAUAGGCUCCGAAACUACGGAACCGAUUCGAAAAAUUCUUUCGCUGUUUAGAAGCUACAUUAUCCCUGAGUGACAUAGGCUAAAAUCUUUUUUUGAAAAAAUUAGGGUUCCUUACUAAAACUCAAGGUAUAAAAAAAUUACCUAAAAUAUUCUUUAUAUCGCGUGCCCUGCGAAAACUAUUGAUGAUAGAAUAAAAUAAUGUACCAUGACUUUGUAGAACACAUUAUGAUUUACAAAAAGUAUCGCGACAGCAUAUGUCUAACUAUUAUAGUUAUGCCGCAAUAA